AUGAAGGGAAGAAAGGCAAGUGCGAUUCGGGGAUGUAGUCAACUGAAACUGAAGACGAAGAAGAAGAAGGAGAAGGAGACGGAGGUGUGUGGGCUAGGGUUGUUGCCAGAUGAUGUGUUUGUGGACUGCCUGACUCGGGUGUCGAGAUUGGACCUGGUGGCCUUAGGGAUGGUCUCCAGGAGACACAGGUAUGGCGCAGAAUCCGAAGAACUAACGGACAUGAGGCAUCGGAGGGGUAGCGUGGACCCAUAUUUGUACGUAUUCUUGCACAUGCAUCCAGAUCCAAGCCCACGGUGGUUCGUCCUCCACCCGGUGCAACGUCAGCUGAAACCGAUCUACCCCGGCUUGUAUCCGGCCCCGGUAGAAGGAUCCUGUUUCGUGAAGACGAAAAGGGGGAUCUAUACCAUGGGCGGGCUCAUGAACGGCGAACCCACAUCGGAAGUCACUUUCCUGGAUUGUAUCGAGCACAUAGUGUACCAGCUUGCGCCCAUGAAGAUGGCUCGAAGCGGAGCAUCGGCAGUCUUGAUAGACGAGAGGAUAUACGUGUUUGGAGGGUGCUGGGAUCAGGAUGUCGCUGAUUCCUCAAACUGGGUAGAGGUGCAUGAUAUCGGAACCCCAACUUGGGAGUUGUUGCCUGUGUCUACGCCGCCCAAGACGCCCCUCAAAAUCAAACAAAGUGUGGUCAUGAUGGACAAGAACCUUGUUUACGCGGUGGAUGAGCAAGGUCAAGUCUUUGUUUUCUCGGCAAGGGAAUGUAUGUUUGAGGCAGAGGGAAGAACAGAGUCCAAACCAGAAACUAAAAACGAUUGGCUUUUAGCUAAUUAUACAUUUCUCUGCCGUGGUAUCGGCGGGAAAGUACUGUGGCGGGCGCCAGGUGACUUGGAAUGGGAGGAAGUCCAGGGUUUGGAAGAGCUGCAGCAGCAACACCCUGGUUUUGAAAUCAUCAAACUCUGCGUCUACUCUGCUGAGACGCUGGUCAUCUUCUGGGAAGCCCGACCUCAAGGUGUUUUGGAGCUUUGGUAUGCCGAGUUUUCCCUGUCCAGCCGCAUGGAAGGCGAGGUAUGGGUGGUUCGGGGGAGCAUUAGGGCGUCCGGUUCUGUCCUCUCAGACUCAGACUCAUCAUAUACUGGCCUUAACUUGUUAUGUGCUGCUUCUCUCCAUCUCUGA